UGGGACGUGCGGCCUUGCACGCGUUUCCCCCCCCCUCCUUCCCCUCAGCGCCGCGCAGCCGCCGUUUCCCGCCGCUGAGGUAAAAGGGAUGCUGAUGAGCCUGUUUCAAUUCACCGUUAGAAGGUCAGUUUCCAGAGGUUUUUGUGGAUUUAAGGCGGCUGCUUCGAAGGCGAGGGAGAUCCGCUCGGGAAUGGCUCGUCCCAGUUCAAAGUUACGGAGAGCCUCAAGCAUUUGUAACCACUCAGGAGCCAAGGUAUUGGGUAACUCCAGGAGCCCUGUUUGUUCCAGUAGUGGUAUGGCUGACUUUCGGGAGGUGUUUGCCAAAGCGAAGCACAUAGCCAUCAUCACGGGAGCUGGCGUCAGCGCUGAGAGCGGAGUCCCGACCUUCAGGGGGGCUGGAGGCUUGUGGAGAAAGUGGCAAGCCCAGGAGCUGGCCACUCCGGAGGCCUUCGCCCGAAACCCCUCUCGCGUGUGGGAGUUCUACCACUACCGCCGGGAGGUGAUGCUGAGCAAACAGCCCAACCCAGCGCACGUCGCCAUCGCCGAGUGCGAGCGGCGCCUGAGCAAGCAAGGGAGGAGCGUGGUGGUCAUCACCCAGAACAUUGAUGAGCUGCACAGAAAGGCAGGCACAAAGCACCUCAUAGAAAUCCACGGUAGCUUGUUUAAAACUCGGUGCACCAACUGCGGGAACAUCGCUGCAAAUUACAAGAGUCCGAUAUGCCCCGCGCUGGCCGGGAAAGGAGCUCCAGAUCCUGACACAGAAGAGGCCACAAUUCCAGUGGAAGACCUUCCUCAGUGUGAGGAGGACGGCUGCAACGGGCUCCUCCGGCCCCACGUCGUGUGGUUUGGGGAAGCCCUGGAUCCCAACGUGCUCACAGAGGUUGAGAAGGAGCUUGACAUUUGUGACCUUUGCUUGGUGGUUGGCACCUCCUCCGUGGUGUACCCCGCCGCUAUGUUUGCCCCUCAGGUAUCUGCCAGAGGAGUGCCAGUUGCAGAGUUCAACAUGGAAACUACUCCUGCUACCAACAGAUUCAGGUUUCACUUCCAGGGCCCCUGCGGGACCACUCUGCCGCCGGCGCUGGCCCGACACCACACCGAGAUCAUCUCCUGAGCACCUGCGUGCCGGCGCCGGGAUGUGCGUGCGUGUGUGUGUGUGUGUGUGUGUGCAGAUGCGAGGCGGCGCGUCUGUGUGUGCGUGCGUGUGUCCCCGUGUCCCCCCGCAAUAAACAUGCUGCUGGCGCCCGG